GGGGAAGGAGGCAGGGCUGGUGAUGGGUUGCCAUGUUUCCUCGGACCUGUGUGUUUUACACACAUCUGCUCUCCACUGUCCUUUGACACUGGGGGAAAUAGCAUGUGCAGCUACCCUGCUUUUCAGGCACUGGCAGUGAGAAAAGCUGCUGUUCUGCUGAUAGAGUGAAUAAUGUGAGCACUGUGAUGAAUAAAGCGGAUUUCAGUCUACAGCAGAAAGGGUAGCGUACUAGAGUAACCAAAGGACAGCAUGGAUGACAAGAAGUGUAGAAGACCAAGAGGAGAGCUGGUCUUGUGGUAGCAAGCAUGACUUGUCCCCUUAGCUAAGCAGGGUCCACCCUGGUUGCCUAUGAAUGGGAGACUAGAAGUGUGAGGACUGCAAGAUAUUCCCCUCAGGGGAUGGAGCAGCUCUGGGAAGAGCAGAAGGUUUCAAGUUCCCUCCCUGGCAGCAUCCCCAAGAUAUGACAAGAUUUUAAUUUUUUUUAAUAGGACAAGAUUUUUUUAUUGAACCAACAAACUGCCAAAGCAUACAGUACGUUGCCAAAGCACAAUUAUAUACAAAGUGGUUGUUUGUACAUGAUAUAUCUACAAAGAUUUACACACAAGGAUUUGGAAACACACAAGUUAUGAAGUAUAUGCAGGUAGUACUGUAACUAGGGGGUGGGGGAUUACAAGGCACAUCAGGUAAUCGGGGGGGUUACGUCCGACGUCCAUUUCCACAAUUUGUCCCAUUGCUGUUUAGAAGAGAUACUCUUGUCUUUUUGCACAUAACCAUACAAACUUUUCCAGAAGAGAUUUACUGUCUCAUCUGCGUGAACCUCUUGGUCGCAUCUUCCCUCCCUAUUCCUAUGCACGAGCAUUGCAUAAAUGACAUACAGGUUUACUAACCUGAUUACGAGAAGGGGAAUGUCCCAAUUCCCUAGUAUGGGCGCACCCGUUCCGUCCCGUUUCCUUGAAGGUUUCUUUCUGGGACCUCGAAAGGAGGUUCUAUCGCUCAAACCCGAGGUUAGUUCUUCCCAAGUCUGUUUUUCCAAAUCAGGCCAAGAUAAGGCUGAGAGAGAUUCCUGCCUGCAACCUUGGAGAAGCAGCUGCCAGUCUGUGAAGACAAUACUGAGCUAGAUAGACCAGCUUCCUAUGUUCCUAUGUAAGGUUAUUUCGGUACAAGCACAAUUUGGCAACCGUAGGAAUAUAUGUGGAUGCAGGCAACUCCCAGAGAGAGAAUGGGGAGGGAGGGAAAGCAGUUGAUGGGGGCUUGGAGAGUCUAGUGAAUAUCCAAAGAGAGCAUAGGGAUGGGGGGAAAUAGAAAGGGAGAGGGAGUGUGUAAAGGGCAACUUUCUCUCCUGGCUUUUAAUCUGCUGUUUGGUGAACGAAUCCAAGAAUGCAUCUCAUCAGGGAGAUCCAAGCAUCCAGUCCACAAUGGUUUUGCAAAAGUGGAAGGCAAAGAGAAUAAAAGUGGUUAGAGUGUUGAACUAAGACUGGGGAGACCAGAGUUCAAAUUCCGAUUCAGCCACGAAACUCACUGAAUGACUCUGAGCCAGUCAGUUAUCUCUCAACCUAACCCACAGGGUUGUUGUGAGGAUAAACCUAACCCGGUACACCUCUGGGCUCCUUGGAGAAGGAGCGAGAUAUAAAUUUAAAUAAGUAAAUAAAACCCAAGGCUAUGUCUUUUACCGUGGGCCCAGAGGCACUAGGAAAACAUCUGACAUCCAAGUCUAAGCUGAGAAGAUACAAGAAGGAAGGAGAACAUAAUUCAUUGGGGGGUGGGUUCUUCUGCGUAGAGCUAUGACACCAGAAGGGUUUUAUUAUGCCACAUCAAGCUUGUCUUGAUUGCAUUUUAAGGCAUAGUUCUCAGUCUCUCGGGACAGGCCUUGUAUCCUGGGACCCUGCUCACUCCAAAAUGCAUAGUGAUUUAUUUAGGAAUGAAGUAUUCAAGGUGUUUGCAGCAGUUCGUGUUAUGACUCUGGUAUUUUGGUCCAAAUGGCAACUUCCUUAUCUCCUGGCCUCAAAUGCUUGUGUCUGCUCCAGCCUUGCUCAGUGUCGAAGGUGUUUACCAAGAUAGAGGGUUAGUUCUAUUGUAGCAGGUGGUGGGGUGCUGGUGGACUGGAAAUAAAAAGUGAGAUACCCUUCCUAGGUCCCUAGCUGGAACCACCCAGUUCUGCUUCUAAAACACCUGUCAGUUGCAAGAAUUUAACACUGCAGACAGAGUAAUGUUUUGACUUUGCAGGACUUUAUAGCCCCACCUGCCUGGGCAGUCCUUGCUUUAAAAGACACAUUUGUGAAAGAGCAAGAAAAUAUUCCCGUAGACCUAUAAGCUAUUUUGGAGUACAGAGCAAAGAUGGAAGAUGAACACUUAGCUGACCCUGAUGCAGGAAAAGGCCCCUUUGCCAUUCAGCUUGGGAGGAGUGGGAACUGGGCAGAAGGAACUGAGCAGAAGAUACUGGGUGAGGACACCACUAGCCCAGCUGCAAAGCACCGUUGCUGCAGGCAGCUUUUCUACCUGGAAGCCGAGGGCCCCCGAGAGAUUUGCAGCCGACUCCACAGCUUUUGCCAUCAGUGGCUGAAGCCAGAAAGGCACACCAAAGCUCAGAUGCUGGACCUGGUGAUCCUGGAGCAGUUCCUGACCAUCCUGCCCCCGGAGAUGGAGAGCUGGGUGAGAGAAUGUGGAGCGGAGACCAGUUCGCAGGCAGUAGCCCUGGCAGAAGGAUUCCUCCUAAGCCAGGCAGAGGAGAAGCAGGAGGAAGAGCAGCAGGGCCAGAGGCUGUCAAAAAUGGACACUGAUUUCUUUGAGGCCGACAAGGCUCCAUUGGACUCCGGAGAGAGUCCACCAUUCAGGUGGAUUGUGCAAGAGAAUGAAGGAGGUGCCACCUCACUGGGUGGUGAGGUCACACUGGCUUCUCAUUGCAGGCCUUCUCCUGUUUGUGGCAGAGCAGAGACAGCCUUUGUGCAACUGGACCAGGGUGCGGUAACCUUUGAGGAUGUGGCUGUGAAUUUUACAGAAGAGGAGUGGGCUCUGCUGGAUCCAGGCCAAAGGAAUCUACACAGAGAAGUCAUGGAGGAAAACUGUGGGCAUCUGGUCUCUCUGGGGUCUGAUACUGGCACAUGGGUGGGAAAUUUCCCCCAGGGGGAAGCUCCUGGAGAUGUGUGAGUUUGGGUGGUAUAUUUAUUUUAUUUAUUUAUCAUAUUUGUAUACCGCCUGAUAUGUACAUCUCUAGGUGGUGUACAACAUUUAAAAUAAUAUAAAACAAAAGUAGUUAAAAUUUCACAAUAUAAAGUAAAGCGCUCGUAAGAUAAAAUUUGAAUUAAACAGUUUAAAAUUAAUUUCUGUUAAAAACCUGAGAAAACAGGUGCAUCUUGAGGGUCUUCCUAAAAGCAAACAGAGAAGGUAUAUUAUUAAUGUGAAAAAUAAAAUUAGUUUGCCCCUUCAAGAAUUUCUGCAGGUCCUGUUUUCUCACUUUCAUCUUUCAUUUAGUCCAAACUCUUAAGAAGUCCCUAGCUCACCAGGAAGGGGAUUUCUGCAGGGGUUUUAACCUGUUUGCUGGAAUAAUUAUUAAAACUUCCUGUGGUGAAUGGUGAUGGUGGUAGUGAGGAAAGAGUAUGUCCGUUGGUGUAUGUGUGCAGCCUUCUUGGAACUGCCAAAAGCCCCUUAAGAACAUAAGAACAGCCCUGCUGGAUCUGGCCCAAAGCUUAACUAGUCCAGAAUCCCGUUUCCCACCGUGGCCCACCAGAUGCCUCUGAGAAGCCCACAGGCAAGAGGCGAGGGCAUGCCCUCUCUCCCUCUGUUGCUCCCCUGCAAUUGGUAUUUAAAGGCAUCUUACCUCUGAGGCUGCAGGCGGCCUAUAGCCAUCAGACUGAUAGGCACUGAUAGACCUGUCCUGCGUGAAUUUGUCUAAGCCCCUUUUAAAGCCAUCCAAGCAAGUGGCCAUCACCACCCUUCCCUCCACUAUUUCCUCCUCUUCCUUAUAUUUUACUGGCACCAUCCAAAGACGUAGGAGAUAAGGUUCCAGGCUCUUCUUUCCCAGAUGCCAAGCUGGAAUAUGUCAAGCUGUACCUGAUGUCCAUAUUCUAAUAUAUUCUAAUAUUUAUAAUAAUAGAGGCCAUCCCGGCCUCCGGGGCUCUGCACUGCCCAGUGCAGUGCUGCUUGUCAGAGAGCAAGGUAUGCACUCCCAGCCACAUUAGAAGGAUCGUCUGCUGGGAAGGUAAGGUUUCGCAGCCUUCCCCCACCCUCCGUUCCUGACGCUCCGAUAUGUGAGAGUUAUGUCAGGAGAAACAGGCUGGGAAUAUCCAGUAGAGACUCUGGAGGUUAUAGAAAUGGAUCAUUUGUGUCCAAACCCUAAGAGUGGUGUGUGUGU